GUUGUGUUGAAGACCAAUCAAGCAGGAGAGACCAGCCUCCCCUGUACCCAGCUGUGUGUCCCUGAAGAGUGACAAGUCUAUGGAACUACCUAUACUGUUUAGAGAGGGAGACUUUUCUACUAAACAAAGACCAAUCAAGCAGGAGAGACCAGCCUCCCCUGUUCCCAGCUGUGUGUCCAUGAAGAGUGACUGGUCUAUGGAUCCUCCUCUAUACUUUAGAGAGGGAGACUUUUCUCCUGAACAAAGAAACCAACAGGAGAGAUCAGAGUCAGAGAUUCUCAGUGGUCAGUCUUCCCAGAGUCAUCAAACAGACCUGGCCUCCAUAUUCAGUAUGCUUGAAGAGAAAAUUAUGACAUUUGUGAAGAACGAGCUGAAGAUGUUCAAGAGGAUUCUUAGUCCAGAACUCCCAGAAGGCUUUGAGAGUCAGAAGCAGGAUAAGGAAGUGGUGGAUGCUGAAGAUGAGCAGCAGGAGAGCAGUGCCAGAGAGGGGGCUCUGAAGAUCACACUGCACAUCCUGAGGAAAAUGAACCAGAAGGAGCUUGCUGACACACUGGAGAAAUAUUCAGAUGAGCUCGCUGUGAUUUGCCAACGUGAACUCAAAUCUAAUCUACAGAAGAAGUUUCAAUGUGUAUUUGAGGGGAUCGCUAAACAAGGAAACCCAACACUUCUCAAUAAGAUCUACACAGAGCUCUACAUCACAGAGGGUGGAACAGGAGAGGUCAAUAAUGAACAUGAGCUGAGACAGAUUGAGACAACAACCAGGAAACAAGCAAGACCAGAGACUCCAAUCAAAUGUAACGAUAUCUUCAAACCCUUAACUGGACAAGACAAACCUAUCAGAACUGUGCUGACAAAGGGAGUCGCUGGCAUUGGAAAAACAGUCUCUGUGCAGAAGUUCAUUCUGGACUGGGCUGAAGGAAAAGCAAAUCAGGAUGUCCAAUUUGUAUUUUCAUUCCCUUUUCGGGAGCUGAAUUUGAUGAAAGAGGACAAACACACUUUCAUUGAACUUCUCAAUUACUUCUCAAUGGAAACCAAACAAUCAAGAAUCUCCAUCUACAACAAGUACAGAGUUCUGUUAAUCUUUGAUGGUCUGGAUGAGUGCCGACUGCCCCUAGACUUCAAGAAUAACAAGAUCUGUUGGGACGUCACAGAGUCAACCUCCGUGGAUGUUCUGCUGACAAAUCUCAUCAGGGGAAAUCUGCUUCCCUCUGCUCUCCUCUGGAUAACUACCCGACCUGCAGCAGCCAAUAAGAUCCCUUCAUGGUGUGUUGACCAGGUGACAGAGGUACGAGGGUUCAAUGACCCACAGAAGGAAGAGUACUUCAGGAAGAGAUUCAGUGAUGAGGACCUGGCCAGCAGAAUCAUCUCACACAUAAAGACAUCAAGGAGCCUCCACAUCAUGUGCCACAUUCCAGUCUUCUGUUGGAUUUCUGCAACAGUCCUUGAACACAUGCUGAAACAUAAGAGAGAAGAGAUGCCCAAGACUCUGACUGAGAUGUACACACACCUUGUGGAGUUUCAUACCAAACAGAAGAAUGAAAAGUAUCUUGGGAAAGAAGGGACAGGUCCACACUGGAAUAAAGAGAGCAUUCUGUCACUGGGAAAACUGGCUUUUCAACAGCUUGUGAAUGGCAAUCUGAUUUUCUAUGAAGAAGACCUGAAAGAGGCUGGCAUUGAUGUCAAUGAAGCCUCAGUGUACUCGGGAUUGUGCACACAGCUCUUUAAAGAGGAAUGUGUGCUGUACCAGGACAAGGUGUACUGCUUUGUUCAUCUGAGCAUUCAGGAGUUUCUGGCUGCUGUAUAUGUGUUCCUCUCAUUCAUCAACAACAAUGAGAAUCUAAUGGACAAACUGCAAACAAACGACGAGCCUGAAGUUACUUUCUACAAGAGUGCUGUGGAUAAAGCCUUACAAAGUGAGACAGGAAACCUGGACCUUUUCCUCCGCUUCCUACUGGGCCUCUCACUGGAGUCCAAUCAGAAGCACUUACGAGGUCUACUGACAAAGACAAGAAUCAGCUCACAGAGCCAUGAAGAAACAGUCAAGUACAUCAAGGAGAAGAUCAGGGAGAAUCCCUCUCCAGAGAGGAGCAUCAAUCUGUUCCACUGUCUGAAUGAACUGAAUGACCAUUCUCUAGUGGAGGAUAUCCAAAGCUUCCUGAACUCAGGAAAUCUCUCAAAACCCAGCCUGUCACCUGCACAGUGGUCAGCUCUGGUCUUUGUGUUGCUGACUUCAGAAAAGGAGCUGGAUGUGUUUGACCUGAAGAAAUACUCCAGAUCAGAGGAAGGUCUUCUGAGGCUGAUGCCAGUGGUUAAAGCCUCCAGAGCUGUUCUGCUGUCAGGCUGUGGAAUCACAGAGGAAGGCUGUGCUUCUCUGGUCUCAGCUCUGAAGUCAAAACCCUCACACCUGAGAGAGCUGGAUCUGAGUAACAAUGACCUGAAGGAUUCAGGAGUGAAGCUGCUCUCUGCUGGACUGGGGAAUCCCCACUGUAAACUGGAGACUCUGAGGCUGUCAGGCUGUCUAGUCACAGAGGAAGGCUGUGCUUCUCUGGUCUCAGCUCUGAGGUCAAACCCCUCACACCUGAGAGAGCUGGAUCUGAGGAACAAUGACCUGAAGGAUUCAGGAGUGAAGCUGCUCUCUGCUGGACUGGGGAAUCCCCACUGUAAACUGGAGACUCUGAGGCUGUCAGGCUGUCUGGUCACAGAGGAAGGCUGUGCUUCUCUGGUCUCUGCUCUGAGGUCAAACCCCUCACACCUGAGAGAGCUGGACCUAAGCUACAAUCACCCAGGAGACAAAGGUGUCAGACUGCUCUCUGCUGGACUGGAGGAUCCACACUGCAGACUGGAGAAACUCAAUGUGGAACAUGGUGGAGAGAACACAAUGAAACCUGGACUUAGAAAAUAUGUCUGUGAUCUCACACUGGACCCAAACACAGUAGACAGAUGCCUCUCUCUGUCUGAGGAGAACAGAAAGGUGACAUGUAGGACAGAGGAGCAGCCGUAUCCUGAUCACCCAGAGAGAUUUGAGGACUGUGGACAGGUGCUGUGUAGAGAGGGUCUGACUGGGCGCUGUUACUGGGAGGUAGAGUGGAGUGGGAGAGGGGCUGAUAUAGGAGUGACAUAUAAAGGAAUCAGCAGGAGAGGAAGGGGUGAUGACUGUUGUCUUGGAUGGAAUGACAAGUCCUGGAGUCUGUUCUGCUCUCACAACAGUUACAUUGCCUGGCACAAUGAGAAUCCCACGACCAUAGUCGUCCCCUCCUCCAGCUCCCACAGAGUAGGAGUGUAUCUGGACUGGCCAGCCGGCACUCUGUCCUUCUAUAGAGCCUCCUCUGACACGUUGACCCACCUGUACACAUUCACCUCCACAUUCACUGAGCCCCUCUAUCCAGGGUUUAGGGUUCAUGAUGAUUCCUCAGUGACUCUGUAAAUAAUAACCUGAAACACAUACACACACACACACUCACACACUGGACACACAAACACACACACACACACUGGACACACACACACACACACACACACACACUGGACACACACACACAC